GGAAACUAGACAUUUGAGGAAUACAUUUUUUUAAUCCUAUGGGAAAUACCCUCGUGGCAGAAGGCAGGCCUGCUGUCGGAACUGCGCGCUGUGCUGCCCCCUUGUGGCUCCUGCAGUGAGUUUUGUGGGUGGAUUGUGUGAGCGUUGGGGUACACGGCUACCCGCAAAGAAAAGGCACCAUUUUGGUGACGUCACUCAGGUGUGGCUUCAGGAAAACAGGUAGAUUUCUGUGUCAUUUCGUGGGUUGGGGUCGUCAACGUCCACGCUGACGGCCUAGAAAAACGCCUGAGCCAUCACUGUGAGGAAGGAGAAGCAUCACUGGCGGUUUGUUUGUGCCGGGGAAGGAAGUUCCUUGCAGGAAAAAGCACCAAAAGAGUCUAUAAUUAUAUCCGACUGCUUUUCUCUCACGGGACGGUCAGUGAGAAGGAGAGGGCUUCGAAUGCUGCCCCACAAGUCACCGUGAGGCGUUUGGAAGUCUAUCACAGCCCGUGGAUUUCUACACAUCAACCAGCAAUCCGGUUUGUUUGGAUUGGAGGGGUCAGAUACUGUUUCUGCGUCUGGAGCCAUCACUACGCUUCCUGUAGAAGGUCCAGGGCUGCCGCAGGGAUGGAGAACAUCGACCUGGAGCAGCAGGAGCCCUUCCCCGUGGACAGAGAUGGGAAUCGCUUAAAGAAAGAGGCACAGGAGCCGGACGGGGGCAGAAAGAUGGGGUGCUGCGAGAGGUUCCAGCAGGCGGUCUCCAGAUGGAUGCUUCCAGAGGUCUCGCGCAGCACCUACCUGGAACGUGCCAAUUGCUGCCCGCCCCCCAUCUUCAUCAUCCUCAUCAGUAUUGCAGAGUUGGGAGUGUUUAUCUACUAUGCUGUGUGGAAGCCUCAGAAGCAGUGGGUGACCCUGGAUGAAAGCAUCUGGAAAAGCUCUCUGACCUACAAGCCUGAAAGCCGGCACGAAGCGUGGCGCUUUGUUUCCUACAUGUUUGUCCACGCCGGUGUGGAGCACAUCCUGGGCAACCUGCUGAUGCAGCUCCUGCUGGGAAUCCCGUUGGAGCUGGUCCACAAAGGAUUUGAAGUGGGAAUGGUUUACCUGGCCGGUGUGAUUGCGGGCUCUUUGGCCAGUUCUAUCUUUGAUCCCUUCAGUGCCUUGGUGGGGGCGUCCGGAGGCGUCUAUGCUCUUAUCGGGGGCUACUUCAUGAACGCAGUGGUGAACUUCCGGGAGAUGAUUCCUCUUCUUGGAGUGUUCCGAAUCCUGGCCAUUUUGUUAAUUGUUGGUGUAGAUUUUGGAUUUGCCUUCUACAGAAGAUUCGGGAAUCAAAACGAGGGUUAUCAGGUGUCAUUCGUGGCUCAUUUCGCCGGGAUUGUUGCCGGGAUGACCAUCGGCUACGUCUUCUUCAGCGCUUAUGACCACAAGCUGCUGAAAGACCCACGCUUCUGGAUUUGCAUAGUGGGCUUCAUAGUAUUCUUUAUCUUUGCAGUGCUCUUCAACAUAUUUAUCUCGCCAGCACAAUAGCACUGUAAAACUGCAACCGGAAAUCCUCGUGCCUCUCAGGGAGACGCAUUUUACUGAUCCAAUUCAGGGAUUCAAGAAUGUUUCAUUCAUCACUUGUUUUCAUAUCGGUCAGAAUUUUCUAUUUUUAAAGUUUCAAUUGUGCUUUCUGGUGAAACGCUCCCUCCUGCUGUUGUCGUGUAGCACUGCAGGGAUUUAAGACAAAGAAAGGGUGCCAGUAGGAUAGUGUGAAAAGUCUUUUUCCUAUCCAGAUUAGAUCUCGGCACUUGUUUGGUGUGCUGUAACACUUCUGACUUUUUGGAUUUAACAUGACAUUUGUAAAUGCUCAUGUUUUUUCUAGAUUUAUGUUCUUUAUAUCUGCUGUUUUUCCAAUGAAUCCUUACCAACUCUAUGCCAAAAUCCAACUUAAACAUAUUUCUUUAUUUAGCAAAUGUUUUAUCCUAUGUCACUGUUAUUUUAACUUUAUUUUAACUGCUAUGAUUGUAUUGAAUUGGUUAAUUUAACGUCAUAACCCAUCUUAACUUUGUAAGUAUUCAUUUUCCUAAUUGUCUUAAUUGUCCUAAUUUUCCAUGUAAUGUAUCAAUAUUAAAAUGUAAUUUCUUGUGAUACAAGGCAUCAGUUCAGAAACAGAUUAUAUCUGAAGUUAUCCUCGUUAUUCACAUUUACAAUUAAACUUGAGACUUUUUUUCUAUUUUCAUGUGAAAUAUUUGCAUUAAAUGUCACUACUUGUUUUUAAAAACAUGUUUUUCAAGUUUGAAUCAACAUAUAAGGAAUUCAUUUUAACUGGA